UCAAUGGGUCUUGGCCACGUGAACAACAAUUUGCCUGGCCUUGGAAGUAACCGCUCAUGCUCCUCUCUCUCUCUCUCUCUGUCUCUCUCAAAAUUCAAAGCUUUGUCUGUUGCUGCUCUUCACUGAUUUCUCUUCCAUUUCCAAUUGAUCGGACUACUUACUUUCACUAUCUCUCAUUCAAAUCACCAACACUCGCAUAGACUCGUUGACUCUCUCUCUCUCUUUCUCUCUCUCUGGUGGAGAUGGAGAGUUUACCGACGACAAUGAAAUCGGAAAGGCGGUGGAGAUCUAAGCCUCUCCAGGCCUCGAAACCCUCGCUUCUGAUGGCCUUCCUCUCUUGCGUAGCUUGGCUCUAUGUUGCCGGCCGGUUGUGGCAAGAUGCAGAGAACAGAAAAUUACUUACUGGCCUUCUUGACAAGAACUCCCUCCAGAGACCCAAAGUGCUUACAGUUGAAGAUAAGCUAACGGUUCUAGGAUGCAGAGAUCUGGAGAGGAGGAUUGUGGAUGCUGAAAUGGAAUUGACGUUGGCGAAGAGUCAAGGGUACCUCAAGAACCAAUUGCAGCAAAGUGGGUCUUCUUCUGGCCAAAAGCUUCUUGCUGUUAUUGGGGUUUAUACUGGAUUUGGUAGUCGCUUGAACCGAAAUGUGUUUAGAGGGUCUUGGAUGCCUAAAGGUGAUGACUUGAGAAAACUUGAAAAAAGAGGAGUGGUCAUUCGCUUUGUAAUUGGUCGGAGUGCCAAUCGAGGUGAUAGCUUAGAUCGCAAUAUUGACGAGGAAAAUCGCUCAACAAAGGAUUUCUUGAUUCUUGAAGGUCAUGAGGAGGCUCAAGAAGAGCUGCCUAAGAAAGCGAAAUUUUUCUUCAGUACUGCAGUUCAAAAAUGGGAUGCAGAAUUUUACGUAAAAGUUGAUGACAAUAUAGGCCUGGAUCUUGAGGGGUUAAUUGGACUUCUUGAUCGUCGGCGUGGUCAAGAUGGUGCUUACAUUGGGUGCAUGAAGUCAGGAGAUGUGAUAUCUGAAGAGGGAAAGGCUUGGUAUGAACCUGACUGGUGGAAAUUUGGCGAUGAGAAAUCGUACUUCCGACAUGCAUCUGGCGCUCUUCUUAUCCUCUCCAAGAAUUUAGCGGAGUAUGUUAACAUCAACAGUGCAUCUCUCAAGACUUAUGCUCAUGAUGAUGUAUCAGUGGGUUCAUGGAUGAUGGGUCUCCAAGCAACUUACAUAGAUGACAAUCGCCUUUGCUGCAGUAGCAUUAGACAAGACAAGGUGUGUUCCCUGGCUUGAUCAGAGGAAAUAGCUUCUUAUCGGGGAAAAUCCGCGCGACUUCCUUUUCGGUCUAUUCAUUCAGCAAGUUUAAUUGCAUGAGCAGCAUCAUUACAUUCCGAACAUUUGUGCACAUAUUUGUUGCAUCCGGUUACCUCGAGGGAUUUGUGAAAACAUUAGCAAGAUUACUCUCUUGGAUCAGGAGAGGCAGCAAUUUUUUUUAUAGGGGGAGGAAAUACGUUUACCAAACUGUUCUCUCUCCAGUUGGUGCCUGCUAUUUGAGCUUGAGUGAAGCUGGAUGCUAGUGUAUAAAAUUGAUGAGAUAUUUCAUGUUUGAUUCAGUCAAUAUAGGAUUAUAGGAAAGGAAAGCCUCUGUUUCCUACCAAUUAUGCAUGUGCAUUCUUUCUCUGGAGUUAAUCCUGAGUUGAGCUAUAGCAUUGUUUCGUGUUGUAUAACAUAAAUUUAAUUAAUUGAUUUGUUAACUUCCCAGAGGAA